AUGGCGGUUGCAAUCGGAGGUGGCCUGGGCCGUUUCAUUCCGAUGAUCGGUUACCAUCAUGUGCUGAUGAUCAUCAUCGCCGUAUCAAUAAUCUUGCUAUCACUAUUGCUGGCUGGAUGUUCUUCAUCAUCUCCCCAGAUUCCCGAUAUCUUCUUAAUCUCCAUGUACUACGAAAGAUACGAGCCUGUUCUCGAUAGCUCACAAGUAUAUCCGGACGUCGUAACAGCAAUGUCGAAUAUUGUCCGCAGUGCCGAGCUAGAGGUUCGAGUUGGGUACUUCGGUAUCUGUGUGCAACCUGAUGGUGGCUCUUUCAUCUGCAACGCAAAUGCUACCGCCCUAGCUGAGAUUGUCACUGUGGAUGCAGACCCUCUCAACUUGAUCUGGAUUGCUUCAACCUUCAAAGAUGCAGUAGUCUUCCCCUAUCUCCUCAUUGUUGCUGUCAUUUUCGCUUUUCUCUGCUUCAUUCUACUCGCCACUUUCCCCGGCUGGCACGACGAAAUUGACGAGUCUGGUUCAGAUAUUGAAGUCCGCCCGUUUCCUUCCCGGCCUGUGUCCCAAGUUGCUCUAGCUCUGAUCUUUGUCUCUUCCGUGUUCGUCCUUGUUUCAGUAUUAUGGCAACACACCGCAUCAGUUGCAGCCAGUACGAUCGCCCAAGAUUUCGGGAAUGGUGUCGUCAAGAGCGGUGUUGGCACUUCCGCCAUGGUGCUUGGUUGGUUCGGCUUUGUCCUUUUAGUCAUUGUCACAAUCGGCCUUCUUGUCAUGAUUCUCAGCAUCAAAAUCAUCAAGAAGUUGACCGACGACGACGAGUAA